AUAACUCUUAUUGUCUUCACAAAACUUGACAACGUUUUACCAACUCGUAAUACUUCUAAUAAGGACAGCAGGACAUCAGAAAACAGCAUCAAUGGAGACGUGGUUGUUGUUAAGGUUGAUAAAACAAUUAGCAACAUUUCAUUUACUUUCGACAUUACAGAUACAACAUUAAAAAAUCCUCAGUGUGUCUUUUGGAACUUUUCUUUGGACCGAUGGGAUUCCAAUGGAUGUAAAGUCAAGCGCUCAUGGAAUGAAACAAUUACAUGUGAAUGCGACCACACAACCUCUUUUUCAAUCCUAAUGUCACCUUUUGCAGUUGAUAACCCAGCCUUAGACUAUAUAACAUACAUUGGUGUAGCUAUUUCAAUAGCCAGCUUGAUUCUGUGCCUCAUUAUUGAGAUGAUCGUAUGGAAGUCAAUACAAAGAAAUGUCACAUCAAUACAAAGAAAUGACACAUUGUACAUGCGUCACGUCUCAAUAGUCAACAUCGCUGUGUCUUUGCUGAUUGCAGACAUCUGUUUUAUCUGUGGAGCUGCAAUUCCAGAACAUGAGCAGUCCAGUCGUUGCAGUCCAGUGGUUUUCUUCAUGCACUUUUUUUACUUGGCUGUUUUUUUCUGGAUGUUCAUUUUAGCACUUUUGCUGCUUUACCGUAUUGUCAUAGUUUUGUCUCAAUUGUCAAGGGUUAAAAUGAUGAUCAUUGCCUUCGCAGUUGGUUAUUGUGCACCUUUGCUUAUAGCGGUUAUUACUGUUGCAUCCACAGCUGGAGCUGGUAGAUAUAUUUGGAUGAGAGAUGCAUGUUGGCUGAACUGGUUUGAAUCGAAGGCACUGCUGGCAUUUGUGAUUCCAGCCCUGACCAUCAUUGCCUUUAACCUCCUGGUUUUGAUUGUGGUUGUGUGUACACUAUUAAGAAGAGGAGUUGGUUCUCAACCAGAAAUGAAACAAACUGUUGUGGUCAUUGCCCGAUGUGUGGCCAUUCUGACUCCUAUCUUUGGUCUAACAUGGGGAUUUGGCAUUGGAACCAUGUUGUCACCUAACUUUGGCAUUCAUGUGGUGUUUGCAAUACUCAAUUCACUGCAGGGGUUCUUUGUUUUGGUGUUUGGAACGCUUUUAGACAAAAUGGUCCAUGAGUCACUAUCAGGAAAGCUGUCAUUAAAGAAUAACAGUUCGACUCGUACCAUGAGUUGCUCUCAGUUUGAUUCUGAACUACUCUUGAGCUAA